AUGUCGCGAUACGACAACGUUCUGGUCCCAGUGCGCGACCGGUACCCUUUGAGCACCGAGACCCAAAUCGAUAUCUGCAACGUUUCACCGUUCAGUGAUAUCAAGCGCAUCAAGGAGCUUGUCCGGGACAUUACGGGCGUUGCGACCGAUGCUUUUGUGGAGGUCGAGUCCCUGCGCGCGGGCAAGCAGUACCGGAUUUCUUACCCGUCGUCUGAAGCUGCAAACCGGGCGCUUGCCCUGCUCAACAGUCACCCCGCCCUAGACGGGGAGGGCAUUGACUUUGGCCGGCCCGGUGACGCUUUCUACCCCACUCUGACCGACCUGUUCACGAUCCGCACUGUCGAGGCUGUCACCUGCUUGGGCAACGGAGCACCUCGAGAGGUGGGGUGCUACAAGUAUAGCAAGGACGACAACAACGGGCCCUGGACCGAGGACCUUGCGUGGCCUGACGGCGUCCCGACCCCGUCGCAGGUGUACGACGCAGCAUCGCAGUAUGGUGCAAUCCACCACGUAACAGUUAUGCUGCGCGAGGACCUCGACGACUGGUAUGAAGACCCAGACCGCUCGGGACCUUGGGAGGCCACUGUACAGUUUUUUGAUCCUGAAGACGCCGGCCGGAUGGACCAGCGUGUCGACGAACAGACGCCGUUUGUUGGUUGGCUUGUCGACGUGUACGUGCUGGACACAGAUGUUCAUGCCCAAAAAGCGCUGUACCAUGCCAACGAGGUGCGACGCGCGCAAGGCUUGCCGCCCCUUGGCCCGGAGACCAUCAAGAUGCGGGUUGAGCAAGCCAGGGCCAAGGAACGUCAGGCGGCAGCGGCGUCCGCUGCAGCGGAUGGCACCAUGCGCGCCUUGGACGGCUCGACGGAAACGCAGACGCAGAACAAGGACGUCUCCUCCGACUCGCCAAAGUCGCAGCGCUCUCAUGCUGGCUCCGACUCGAAAGCGUCAAGCGGCUCAUCGACGUUCAAUCCGCAAACGCCGCCUCAAGCAGACAGCACGGGUCUGGCGGACAGUCAUGUGGUGCGUGGCGACCACGAUGAGCAAGUGCGCAGUCAGCGUCUCGGGAAAGAGCAGGCGGAGGAGCAUGGAUGUAGCGGCGGGCUACAGGACCUUACAGAGGACUACCGCAAGAGUGGUGCGUGA